AUGGCUAUUCGAGUGUUGGCUCUGUUGCAUGGGAGCCAAGGCACCAAAAGGCAUUCUCACCAAGCAAUGUGCAUCGAUGUAAAGGACCAUCGAGAUGUGCAUUCCAACAACAAUCACCGUUGGUGCAUCUGGCACAUCAUGAAGAAGAUGCCAAACAAACUAAACAGUUACAAGCGACACGAAGAAAUCGAACAAGAGAUGAGCCACGUCGUUUGGAACUCGUACACAAAAGACGCAUUUGACAGAAACUGGAACGAUUUCCUUACAGGGUACGACCUCGGAGGCAACAAGUGGCUCUUAGAGCUGUACGAGGAUCGGCAUAUAUGGAUUCCAGUUUACCUGGAUCAUCACUUCUGGGCCAGGAUGAGAAACACACAAAGGAGCGAGAGCAUGCACGCAUUUUUUGACAAGUUCAUCACACGCAACAGCUCCCAGAGUCAAUUUGUGAAGCAAUACGACAAUUGCCUAGCAAGCAGAGAGCAAAGAGAGAGAGAAUUUGACGCUGCAGAUUUUCACACCGUGAUACCAUGUGCAACAAAAUCAGCAAUAGAGGUGCAAUUUCAGCAUGUGUAUAUCCACAAGAAGUUCAGAGAAGUUCAAGGACAAUUCAGAGGAAAGGUGAACUGCAUUACAAGAUCAAUGCAUUCCACCUUAGGUUUCACAACAUACGAAGUUGUAGAGCAGGUUUCCAACUCCAAAUUCAACAAGUUUUUCGUCACCUAUGACGUAGUAUCACGAGAGUUGAAUCUUUUAGACGGCGGACCAACGAUUCAAUCAAGUUCCAGCUUUUACAAUGCACCGGAUAUGAAUUAUACCAGAUAG